GGCCACUUCAUCUGGAUGGGCUCAGACAGCUGGGGCUCCAAGAUCUCACCGGUGCUCCACCUGGAAGAGGUGGCCGAAGGCGCCGUCACCAUCCUCCCCAAGAGAAUGUCUGUGAGAGGUUUUGACCGUUACUUCUCCAGCCGGACCCUGGACAACAAUCGGCGAAAUAUCUGGUUUGCUGAGUUCUGGGAGGACAACUUUCACUGCAAACUGAGCCGGCAUGCCCUGAAGAAGGGCAGUCACGUCAAAAAAUGCACUAAUCGAGAGCGCAUUGGGCAGGACUCGUCCUAUGAGCAGGAAGGGAAAGUGCAGUUUGUGAUCGAUGCCGUCUAUGCUAUGGGCCACGCACUGCAUGCCAUGCACCGGGACCUGUGUCCUGGCAGGGUGGGGCUCUGUCCCCGUAUGGACCCCGUGGACGGUGUGGAGCUGCUUAAGUAUAUCCGCAACGUCAAUUUCUCAGGCAUUGCUGGGACCCCCGUCACUUUCAAUGAGAAUGGAGAUGCCCCUGGUCGCUACGACAUCUAUCAGUAUCAGAUCCGGAAUGCAACCCCUGAAUACAGAGUCAUCGGGUCCUGGACAGAUCACCUGCACCUCAAAAUGGAGCGCAUUCAUUGGCCAGGCGGGGGGCAGCAGCUCCCCAGCUCUAUCUGCAGCCUACCCUGCCAGCCAGGUGAACGGAAGAAGACAGUGAAGGGCAUCCCCUGCUGUUGGCACUGCGAGCCAUGCACAGGCUACCAGUAUCAGCAAGACCGCUACACCUGCAAGACCUGCCCCUAUAACAUGCGCCCCACAGAGAACCGCACAGGCUGUCAGCCCAUCCCCAUCAUCAAGCUGGAGUGGGGCUCCCCCUGGGCCGUGCUUCCCCUCUUCUUGGCUGUGGUGGGCAUCGCGGCCACGCUCUUUGUGGUGGUGACCUUUGUACGCUACAACGAUACGCCCAUUGUCAAGGCCUCGGGUCGUGAGCUAAGCUACGUUUUGCUGGCCGGCAUCUUUCUUUGCUACGCCACUACCUUCCUCAUGAUUGCCGAGCCAGACCUGGGCACCUGCUCAUUGCGCCGGGUCUUCCUGGGCCUGGGGAUGAGCAUCAGCUAUGCGGCACUGCUCACCAAGACCAACCGCAUCUACCGUAUCUUCGAGCAGGGCAAGCGGUCAGUGAGUGCUCCUCGAUUCAUCAGCCCCGCUUCACAGCUGGCCAUCACCUUCAGCCUCAUUUCUCUGCAGCUGCUGGGCAUCUGUGUCUGGUUCGUGGUGGACCCCUCCCAUUCAGUGGUUGACUUCCAGGACCAGCGGACGCUGGACCCUCGAUUCGCCCGGGGGGUCCUCAAGUGUGACAUCUCGGACCUGUCGCUCAUCUGCCUGCUGGGCUAUAGUAUGCUUCUCAUGGUCACCUGCACUGUCUAUGCUAUCAAGACCCGUGGUGUGCCUGAAACCUUCAACGAGGCCAAGCCCAUCGGCUUCACCAUGUAUACCACGUGCAUCGUCUGGCUCGCCUUUAUCCCCAUCUUCUUUGGGACCUCGCAGUCUGCUGAUAAGCUGUACAUCCAGACCACGACGCUGACGGUCUCGGUGAGCCUGAGCGCCUCCGUGUCCCUGGGGAUGUUGUACAUGCCCAAGGUCUAUAUUAUCCUCUUCCACCCUGAGCAGAACGUGCCCAAACGCAAACGAAGUCUCAAGGCCGUGGUCACUGCUGCCACCAUGUCCAACAAGUUCACGCAGAAGGGGAGCUUCCGACCCAACGGGGAGGCCAGGUCGGAGCUCUGCGACAACCUCGAGGCCCAAGCUCUGGCGACCAAACAGACCUAUGUUACCUACACCAACCAUGCAAUUUAGCU